CCUUCUGCCCUCCUCUUUGUGUGUCCUCUUGACCCAGAGUGGAUAGAGGGAUGCAUUGUGUUGUCGGAUGGAUAUUAAUGAGAGUGAGAGGUUCGCGCACUGAGACCAGUUCAGCUAUUGAAGGACACAUCGCUAAUCUCCACAUAAUACGGUCAACCUGUCUUAUGUACUAAUAUGAAUUACUAACCUCAAGUGCAACUGCUCUGCAAGGAUUAUUCGCUGGUUUUGACUUUCCAGAGGAGCAGCACUUAAGGGACAUACGUUUUUUUUUAUUUAUUCUGUUUUUUUUUGUUUUGGGGACUCAUCUAUGGUGAAGUAGAGCAGGUUGGAACAGUUUGAAACAUAUUCAUGUGAGCUUGUUUAGAUUCUAUUUCAACGUAUCUGAUAAUUGCUGUAGGUUUUUAUUUAUGUGGUUCUGUAGCUUGUUGCUUUAAAGAUUGGUAGUUGUUGCUUUUAGUGUGUUUGUCAUGCCCUUGCCUGCACCCGAUGUCCCGGCCUCUCAGAGGUUGGCACUGGAUUGUCGCACCCUGUUGGACCAUCGUGUUGGCAAGGGGGUCUGUGGCUGCUGUGGGGCGCUCCGGCCUCGGUAUAAGAGGCUGGUGGACAACAUCUUCCCAGAAGAUCCCGAGGAUGGACUGGUGAAGGCCAACAUGGAGAAGCUGACAUUCUACGCUCUGUCAGCUCCAGAGAAACUGGACCGGAUCGGAGCGUACCUGUCUGAGAGGUUGUCAAGGGAUGUUGCUCGGCACAGAUAUGGAUAUGUGUGCAUCGCCAUGGAAGCUCUGGACCAGCUGCUGAUGGCCUGUCACUGUCAGAGUAUCAACCUUUUUGUGGAGAGUUUUUUGAAGAUGGUGCGGAAGUUGCUUGAGUCGGACAAACCCAGUUUGCAGAUCCUUGGAACCAACUCGUUUGUGAAGUUUGCCAACAUUGAGGAGGAUACGCCCUCGUACCACCGUAGCUACGACUUCUUUGUGUCACGCUUCAGUGAGAUGUGCCACUCUGGCUACGAAGACCCAGACGUCCGCACCAAGAUCAGGAUGGCAGGUAUCAAGGGUCUCCAAGGGGUAGUGAGGAAGACAGUGAAUGAUGAGCUUCAGGCCAAUAUUUGGGACCCUCAGCACAUGGACAAGAUCGUGCCCUCGCUGCUCUUCAACCUGCAAAGUGGAGAGCGCACAGAGAGCCGCUCCCCGUCACCGCUGCAGGCGUCGGAGAAGGAGAAAGAAAGCCCCAUUGAACUGACGGAGCGCUGUUUCAGGGAGCUGCUGGGACGAGCUGCCUACGGAAACAUCAAGAAUGCUGUCACACCUGUACUCAUGCACUUAGAUAACCACUCUCUAUGGCAGGGAAAGACCUUUGCAGUGCGCUGCUUCAAAAUCAUCAUGUACUCCAUCCAGUCCCAGCACUCUCAUCUAGUCAUCCAGCAGCUACUAGGGCAUCUUGAUGCCAACAGUAAAAAUUCAGCCACGGUGCGAGCUGGGAUCGUGGAGGUUCUGCUGGAGGCAGCUGCUAUUGCAGCCAGCGGUUCUGUAGGACCGACCGUGCUGGAGGUGUUCAACACUCUGCUGCGGCAGCUCCGUCUGAGUGUGGACUACGAGUUGACCGGGACUUAUGAUGGCAGCACAAACAUCGGGACCAAGAUCAUCAAGGCACAUGAGGAAAGACAGCUGCAGGAGGCUGUCAUCAGGACCAUUGGUUCCUUUGCCAACACUUUACCAACCUACCAGAGGUCAGAGGUCAUGCUUUUCAUCAUGGGAAAGAUUCCGGUUCCUGGCGUUCAUCUUGCUCUUCCCUCUUCUGGCUCUGGGCCUGAAGGAACCAGAAUGAUCCAGGUUAUGCUCCUCAAGUCUUUAGUUCAGGUGACGGCUGGUUUCCAGACAACCAACAUGCUGACUGCACUGCCCAGCUCUUUCCUGGAGCCGCUGUUGUCCCUCUCUCUAACUGAAGAUCCGGAGGUUCGCUUGCUGGUGCUACAAAUCCUUCUCAGUCUCAUCGACAGACAUGAAAACAGACCCAAAUUCUCUACCAUAAGCAUCAUCACAGACAUCUCUCUGCUCAAGCUCAAGGUGGACAAAUGUUCCAGGCAGGAUAACCUGUUUAUGAAAAAGCAUGGGCAGCAGCUCUAUCGUCACAUUUACCUGGGUUGUAAAGAGCAGAGCAGUGGUCAGCCGCACUACGAGAAUCUUUUCGCCUUGUUGGGCCUUCUUAGUGUGGAGCUGGCCAACGAAGAAGUAGUGGUGGACCUCAUCCGCCUGGCUCUGGCCUUGCAGGACCUGGCUCUGUCCACAGAUGAGGGUCUAACAAUCUAUAACCGUUGUGCUGUUCAUGCUCUUGCUGCUGCCUACCUCAACCUCAUUUGCCAACUGACCACUGUCCCCGCCUUCUGCCAGCACAUACUCGAGGUCAUUGAAGUGAGGCAGAAGGAGAGUCCCUAUCUCUUGCCAGAGGACAUUUUCAUUGAUCGACCCAAGCUCCCGUCUUCACUCGAGAAGGUCGAGGGUGACAUGUUGUUCCUCCAGUCAAAGAUUACUGAAGUCCUUGGUGGAAGUGGCUACAACACAGAGAGGCUAGCGACACCAUACAUCCCUCAGUUCACCGACGAGGACCGCUUGUCGAAGAGGAAGAGCAUUGGGGAGACAAUCUCACUGCAGGUGGAGGUCGAGUCUCGAAACAGUCCAGAGAAGGAGGAGAGAACCCCAGCUGAGGAGAUCACGUUUGAGACCCUGAAAAAUGCCAUUGUCGACAGCGAGGGCAUGGAAGAGCAGGAGAGAGAGAGGAGACGGCAAGUGGUGGAGAAGUUCCAGAAAGCCCCUUUCGAGGAGAUUGCAGCCCACUGCGGUGCCAGGGCGUCACUUCUGCAGAGCAAACUGAAUCAGAUAUUUGAGAUUACAAUCAGACCUCCACCCAGCCCAUCCGGAACCAUCUCCUCCGGUUACGGCCAGACCCAGAGUCGAUCUGUGCCCAUCUACGAGAUGAAGUUCCCCGACCUCUGCGUCUACUAGUGUCACCAGAACCCUCCUGUUACAACAGACACGCUGCAGCCAGAGGAAGCCAAAUGUACUGACAACAUUGCCACAACAAGCUUGACAUGACCAACACAGCAGUAUCUAGAAUGCAUUUUAGCUUUUAGUCUUAUUAAAAUGGUAGGAAAUCCUCUAGAUAGACUUCCUAGCUGGACUUAUAUUUACUCAACACUACUAAAGCACUGAAGGUCCCUGACAAAGGGCGGUUAAUUUUAUAUAUUUGUCCCACUACACGCAGCAAUACCUGCCUUGAUUAGACAUCAUUUCUUAUGAUUAUACUUCAUUUCAGAACAUUAUCUAUGUGUAAAACUAGUGGCUGCUCUGCUGUAGUGAUACUCCUUCAGCUCAUUUCUGUCCAUCUUUUCUGUGGUGUUCUGCCUUCUUAGUGUUAACCAAAAGUGCUUUUAUGUGACAAGCAUUAGUAGCCUGGACAUGAUUACCUUUCCAGUUUUAUCGAUGUUGUUAUUUUCUCUGCAUUUUCAAAAGAGACGGAUCAAUGUCCUUCUGAGCGGAGUGUGCCUUACAGGUGACUCAAGUGAAGAGACGAACCCAUGUCGCGACCAUUCUCAAGUGUUUACCAUGAUGCUCAUCAGAUCAAACUCGCAGAGGGAUGUUUAUUUUUAUUCUUUGCCUGUAUAUACAAAGAAAUAUUUAUCUUUAAUUGGACAGAGUAUAUGGCUGUGUGUGUGUGUAUGUGUUUUAUAUUAAUUUAUAACUCAGAUGAUUUUAAUGAUUUUAGGUGUUUAAUCAUGAGUAACCAGCAGAACAUGAGAACUUAGAAUCACCCUGUUCAAUUGUCCAUCCGAAACAAUCUGUUUAGCGAAGUAAUGAUUUCACUUUUUAACUCCUGUAUUGAUGCCAUCCCGAGUCACGCUGCAAUGAGUUUGCACUCCUCUCCUCUCUCUGCUGCCUGCCAGCGGUGCAUCCUGCUGUUUUUACAGCAGCAGAAAACAAGCCAUUGAAGUUUAAAAACAAAUGUAUAAUGGCAAUAAUCUGGCUCUAGCCUGGCCAACAUCUGUAGGUAGCCGAACCGGUGUGUGGUGUUUUGAAGUGCUACUUGUGAUGCUGUCUUGGUUCAGUUUGGUGCCCCCUGUGAGAGACCGUCUUUUGCUCCUGCACGUCCGUUGAUGCGUGUGCUGCUGCCAUGUUGUGUCAAAGAUGACGGUGGUGCCUGUGUCGUGUCGUUUCAUUUCUCUGGGUGUCGUGUGAGAUUUCAUCUUUGUGUUCUCUCCUUCCUGUUGUGUAGUCUGUUAUCUGUCAUUGCCGUCUUCUUUCAAGACCAAACUUUUCGUACACGUUUUGUAUUGUUUCCCCCCCACCACCUGAUGACAACAAAAAAGACAAAUAGAGCUGAACUCUAGGUCCAUGAUAUUUUUUUUGCCAGUUGAAAAAUACAUUUUUGUAUAAUUGGUCUGCUAGUUUUUUGUGCGUAGUGUUUUUAACAGACUAAAUGUUCCUUUUCUCAUUACAUGUCGGGUUAAUAAAUCUGUUUACAGUGUAGUGCUGUGUCAAAUCUGCUCUCUCUGUGAACUUUGCACUUUAAAUUUGGAUGAUGAGUGAGAAAGGCAGCUUUUACUCAGAGAACAUGCCUUAUGAGUGUCCAACUGACUUUGCAUGCUCGUGAUGUUGCUGUGUUGUACAAUAAAA